AUGGAGCCGAGUGCAGCAUUGAUAGGUUUGCGUCUUCUGUUGUAUGUGAAUGCGUCAGAUUAUUUGCCAACGACUGAGGCUGUUGGAGUUCGCAUCACUGUCCAUGACAAAGACGAAUAUCCUUUUCCGGAAACGUUUGGCUACAGUGCGCCAACAGGAUACAUUUCCUCGUUUGGAAUGAAGAUGGUAACUUUUUUCUCCACUAAAACGAGAUGA